AUGCCAAAGCUGUACUACUUCCGGGCGCCAAACUUCGACAUCUCACCAGACAGCGCCACGGCACCACGGCUGGGGAGCAUCUUCUCGAGCCUGAAGCGACUAACCCGGCCGCUGAACCAGGACGAAUACGUGACGAUCCCGACGCACCUCCGCAACAACAGCACCAAGAGCGACUUCAAGGACACGUCGAGCAAGAACAUCGACGUCGGCGGCGGCGUGUACGCCGACAUCGCAUCGGGGGUCGGCAGCGCCGAGGCCAUCUACGGGUUCGCGCAGGACAGGAAGCACACGUAUGCGUGCGAGGUGCUCGAGACGGAGGAAUUCGACCCCACGGCCGAGUUCGUCCAGGAGUGCGUGUUCUCAUCCAAGAGCGUGCAAGACUUCAUCGCCGAGAGCUUUGUCGGAAAUAAGUCCGUCUACAUGAUCACGGGCCUGAAGAUCGCGACGGGGCUCCGCAUGGCUGAUGCGACGAGUACGACCCAGGGACCGAGUUUGAAGGUCGGUGUCAGUGCGUUGCCGUUCGGCGUGCCUGCGGAAGCGGGCCCGAAGGCGGAUUUGAAGGUUGGGACCGGCCGGGACGUCCAGUUUGGCGGGUCAUCGAAGAUCGUGUUUGCGUAUCGUGCGAUCAAGGUGAAGUCGAGGCGGGAUGGGAAGGUCUCCUAUAAGGAUCUCAGUGGUGGGGAAUAUGCGAUUGGGAAGGAUGAGGGUGAGUAUGGCGAUGAAGGGUGGGAUUUGGAGGUUUUGGACGAGGAGGAUGUUGGACGCAUGUUUCCUGGCUCCGAGAAAAUGGAUGUUGCUUAUGAGGAGUCUACUGGGUGA